CGAAACGAAUCGUUAAACACAGUAUUCUUUAAUCCUCGACAACAUAUCCCACAGUUUUAUCAACAUUCCUGUGCAACUGUAACGUGAAGGCGAAAUGGAUGGCAACCACUCCACGAGUGUCCCUCAGCUGCCUAACAUCAAUGUCCUGUUCAUGGACUGUGCUGUCAGCAAGUCCAAUGAUGAGGACAACGCCCCAUCCCGCUCACCCAGCAGCAGUCCUUGUCCUGAACACUUCUUCUUUGAUUCUAAAAUUCAUGAUGCCAUUGCAGCGUCGGAGAGAGAUCUGACCAGGUGCCUGAGUGACUUCCACGCGGCCACGACCACCGCCGUGGCGGCCGCUCGCACGGGCGCGGCCGUCGCCGCGGACGCGUACACGCGGGAGGCGGAGGCGUGCCACGCCCGGGUGCUUGAGGCACAGGCGGAGUUCCGGGAGGCCGUGGUCAUGUCGCUGGCGGGCCCGGAGGAGCUGCGCGGCGCGGUGGAGGUGGCCUCCUUCGGGCUGGGCGUGCAGCUGGCCGCCGCGACGGCGGCGCUCGAGCGGCAGCAGGCCGCCCUGUACGCCGCUCACGAGCACGCCGCCUCGCAGUUCUGCAAGGCCACCGACGCAGCCGCCGCGCGCCUCCAGGCGGGCAACGCACAGGUGGCCGAUACCUUCUCCACGAGCAUCUGCUCUCUCCUACCAAAUGGUUUCGAACUGAUGCUUCAUCCAGCGGCGGGCAGUGCCGUCCACACAGCGAGCGAUCCCGAGCGCUACGAACUGGAGAAGUACAAGACGGUGAUGCAGAUGAUGAACGUGGCCUACUCCAUCCACAACAAGAAACAGAACCUUACCUCGCAUUAG